UGAUAUUGACUCACUCUUUUCAGCUGCAUUCCCGAAUUUCCUUACUUUCAUUUUCAUUCUCGAAUCUCGAACCCGAUUAAAAUAUCAGUUGCAGCAUUAUAUUUUUAUUUACUCGGAGUUUAUCAUAUGUAGAAUCUCUUUGAGAAUAGAAAUAGCUUAUUUCGAACUUCUAAAACUAAAUAAGAUAAUCAGGCUUUUGAAUAUAUGAAACUCGUUGUUACCUUGAAUUUUGCUUAUUCGGCAUUUAGUAGCAUUCGGCAACAUGGCGACUAUGAUAUUUGAGCUGCAGCAUUGGCAGUCAAUUUUAGUAUGUUUACUGUUUGCGGUAAUCUAUGUAGGGAGUCUGUAUAUAUGGAAUGAUGACAAAAAUAAAAAUAGGGAUCACCCUGAAACCAUUAAGCGUCGGUUCACCAGUGUGUCCAUCAUAUGUGUCAUCAUACCCAUUCUCUUGUAUUGCUUUGGAACAACGUCCAACUCAGAAUAUGCCCACACAUUUCUGGAGUGGCUGGGAGUCCGAGUGAGCGGUCUUCUACCUGCUCUUAUCCUGCCUCUUGUCCUUACAAUGGUCCUUUUCUUAGGGCCACUAACUCUUCACUAUGUGGAUGGUGUAUUUAGAAUUUAUUUAGAACCUAGAUAUUGGACCAACAGUUUACAGAACUUAAUCUGGAUAAGAAACCACAUUGUUGCCCCAAUUUCAGAGGAGAUGAUAUAUCGGGCAUGCAUGUUGCCAAUGUUAGUCCCAUGCUUUGGAACAGGACUGUCAGUGUUUCUGUGUCCACUAUUCUUUGGUGUAGCACAUUUUCAUCACAUGAUUGAGAAAGUUAUACAAGGCAGACAUUCACCUUCAGAGGCAUUUAAACAGUCGUUGUUCCAGCUAUGUUACACAACAUUAUUUGGUGCCUACUCAGCAUUCUUAUUCCUUAGAACAGGACAUUUCAUUGCACCAGUAGUGGCACAUGCUUUCUGUAAUCACAUGGGUUUCCCAGCAUUCCGAGAGGUUAUGGCACACCCUAACACCGAGACCCGACAUAAACUCAUCGCUAGCUUCGUUAUCGGCCUCGUCAUGUGGAUGGCUCUGCUCUACCCAAUUACCUCCCCUUUCCUCUACAGCAAUGAUAUCUACAAUUCAUAGUGGUACAGCAUUAGAUUAAGGCUGUAAUUCUAAAGAAUGGGUAUUUAUUUAUUAUGGUAAAUUAGUGUGACAGACUAGGGGAUCAAAUUGUGCCAGACUGCAGUGUUGGUAAAACAAAAAUACAUAUAGCAUUAUGAUGUUUAUGAGUUUGGCUUAAUAAAGCUAUGCAUGGUGUUCCGUGUUAUGCAGGUUAAGGUAUGAUACGAGGGCGAGUUAAUAAGUAACCAGCCUAACUUAUUAGAUAGGCUGGUUACUUAUUGACUCGCCCUCGUAGUACAUCUUCAUACAAACUGUUUUCAUGAUGCCAGGUGGAAAUCAUCUGUACAAGGCAUGAAAAUAAAGAAUGUCAGAUACUAUUAAAAUUUAGUAUUAUGUGAUUGUAUAUCGAUAUGAAUGAUAUAGUAUGUCUUGAAUUUAAAUAUCUAUUGAAAAUAAAAUAUAGAUGUACAUUUCUAUAGCUCAGCCAAUUAUAUCGCUUGGUUUUGAAAUUACUAUUAAAGAGUACUCUUUAAUAGUGUAAAUUCAAACCCGGGUGAUAUAAUUGCCUAUGGUAUUGAUUGAUGUGAAAUUUGAUAAGUGACAUGCGUUUCCUCAUUGCAUAGACAUCACUAUGAAAACCAUUGGUUGAUAGUUCAAAAUGAUGAAAGUUUUGCAGUAGUACAAUCGGAUGUUUUUGUUGGGGCUUUUUUUAGUGGUUUUAUUGUAAUCUGAAUUAUAUUGUAUAUUGUGUGCAAUAAUGACAUAGAGGGUGACUGUAUGUAUUGUUUAACUGUAUAAAGUCCAUCCUUCUGAUUAGGGGGUAAUUAAGAUCAGUACAUGUAUUACUGUACAAAUGAUACACAGCAUAUCUUGUUUUAGUGUCUUUUCAGCUGGAGAUUAUUUGUCAUUUCAUAUCACUUUUCAUUCAAAGAAAAAUGUACAUGUAUUUACUUGUUAUAUGUGAAGUCCUGGAAUGUUCAGCAGAUGUGUACCAUGUAUUGCGAUAGGGGAUGUUAAAUGAUUUAUAUGAUGAUUUGAUUUUUUGAUAAUUUUAGAUGCAGAAUGAUCAAUAAUCAACAAAUAUAUACCCAAUUUUCAUGUAAUUAUUUCUUGCCUGCAUGUAUCAGCUUAAGGAGGUACUCUACAUCGUCAUAAUGGCUGUAGCAUACCUCCUUAAGGGCAUAUGCAGGGCAUGCUUAAUAUGCAUUAAUUAUUAUAUAGGAAUAAAUUCACUCAGGUACUAAAGUGUGAUGAUAUAUAACGAAGCUAUAUAGGAACAUUUUAGAGUGUGCUAAUUUCCUUGACUAAUUAUAAAAUAACAUGAAUGAACAAUAAGGUAGUUUGGGUGAUUUUUAUUUUUUUUUGUGGAAAAGAUGUCAUGCAGCAGAGUACAUUUCAACAAUCUACAUCAUGUUUCAAUAAUAGCCAUAUACUCUUAACUUUAUUCCAUCGUUGGAAACCCACGGUUGAUUACGCUUUGUUCCUCUCUCCAUCACUCAUUCCUAUUCACUCGUUCUCAUGAAGAAAUAUUUUAAAAUAUUGUCCAAUCAAAGUAAUCGUUAUAGUAAUGGAGCUCUUCGGUUUUUAAAGGUAGCAUUAACUUAACUUUGCUAUCACAACAAUUGUAUACCGAAAUUGGACUGAAAGCGUCUUGUUGAUUGGACAAAUUCGCUCAGGGUGUUCUAUCAGCGCCCAAUCAAAUUGCCUCAUUAAUUAUUCAUGAGAAAGAGCGAGUAGGAAUGAAUGGACCCACAGGUGAUAGAGAGAGAGAGGAACGAAGCGUAAUCAACCGUGGGUUUCCGACGAUGAACUUUAUUCAUGCUGUUUAUGACUGACAUCCUCGUAUUAAAAAGGAAAGGCCUUUCUCAAAUCUUAACAGUUUUUCGUUUGAGAAAUGAAUAGACUGAUGCAUAUCUGUGGUACAUUUAAAGCCAAAUUGUAUACAAAGGUCCCAAAGUAAUUCUCCAUUCAUUCACUAGCAUUGUAUGUGUGAAAUGUUUGUUUUGCAUACUAAUUGUAACCCCUGCAAACAAAGUUUUGGUGAGGAAAGGAUGUAUUAUAGGAAUUGCCACACCCAUUUAUACUGUAUGUCCCACUCAGUUGGUUCCUUCACCCAUUAAGUCAUGUUUUUUUGUCUAGGCCUUAACUUUGUAAUGGCGAGACAAUUGAAACUCUUACUUGGCACAAAGGUUUCUUAUAGCUAAAUAUAGUGUGUCAUGAUCCUGACUUAAGGUGAUAGGUUCAAGGUCACUCAUAAAUUUUUUUUAAAGAUUUUUGGCUCUGUCUUAAAUUAGUAUUGGGAAAAGCAUCAGAAGCUCUCACUUGGCACAAAGGUUGUUCAUGGUCAGAUGUGUCAUGACCUUGACUGAAUGUCAUUUUGCCAAGAUCAAGAUAACUGGUAAAAAAGUUUUUAAUUUUUGCCUUGACCAUAGUUUAGUAAUGGAGAAACAUUGAAAGUUCAUACUUGGCACAAAGGCUGCUUAUGGUCAGAUGGUGUGUCAUAACCCUGACCCAAAGUCAUUUCUCCUAGGACAAUGUCAGAACUGUUAUAGAGUGAUCUGUAACUAUGUAAUGCAGCAGGGAUUGUCAGAGUUUGUAUGAAUGUAGAAUUUAAUUAUGCCCUACUUUGAAGCCCCCUCGGGGGUAUUGGUCCCAUCAGUACAGGUGUAGUGACCCUCACUCUCUGAUACCUGUGAAGUUUCAAGAAAUUGAUUUUUAUUCCAAUCAUCUUUAUACAAUAUGUAUAACUUUCAUCAAACAUAGAAUAGCACACACAUGUACUGUGUGUCUAAAUUAAUAAUGACUUGAUGGAUCUGUAAGUGUAUCGUGCUUACUUGUCAAUAUAAAGUUGCCAUCACAUGUGCAAUAUUAAGUUUUAAUUAUAUGCAUGAUUUUGUGUAUUUGAAUUAUCUGUAUUUAGGGAAUAACUAGCCUGUCUUCAGACAAUUUUUUCUGUGUUGGGGAGGAGAAAAUAUACAGUAUGUGUAUUUGAAUUGUCUGUAUGUAGGGAAUAACUAGCCUGUCUUCAGAUUUGAGGUUUAAUGGUUGCUAAUGAAUUUUAUGUACUAUAUCAAGUCUGAAGGCUGAAGCCAGUUCUUGUCAUUCUAAUGCAACCUUUUCUUAUUUUGCAUGACUUUUACCCCAUAUUUCAUUGAUUUUAUGAUAAAUGCGUCACAAAUUGUUUCCAUUUGAUGUGGGUUUUUUUGUGUCAUUCUAUUAUGAUGUUGCAAUGGAAAGCUUUGCGUCCCAUCAACUCUUAUUUAACUGCCUCAAACCUCAAUGCAUUAAACUGCAGAAUACAUUACAAUCAUAUAUGUAUUUUGGUGCCAUUAGUGCAGUUUUAUGAUCAGGACCAAAAUAAAACAGUAUUGAUCCAAACUUCAGAUGCGAUAAAACGAGUACAUAUACAAUGUAGUUUUCUCCAUCGAUUCAAGUUUCUUAAUUUAGACUACAGUCUACUCCACUUAUAUUGAAGUCACUUACAUUGAACUAUCUGUUAUAUUAAAGUGAAAGUAAAUCCCCAGUAAUAUUAUCUAUAUAGUUCAACAUUGGUUAUAUUGAACUUGUAUAUAACGAACAAUUCAAACUUCAAACACCCCCCCCCCCCCUAUAAUUUACAAAUGUCAAAUGCAUAUACAGUCUACUCCACUUAUAUUUGCUUACAUUGAACUAUCUGUUAUACUGAAGUACAAAUAAAUCCCCAGUAAUGUUACUAAUAUAGUUCAACAUUGGGUAUAUUGAACUUUGGAUAUAAUGAACAAGUGAGGUUGGUCCCCUGAACUUCAAUAUUUCCGGAGUAGACUGUAGAUAUUGCAGUUGUCAUGUUGAACCUCUCAGUAAAUAGAAUUACUCUGUUCCAUAUUUCCAGCUAUGUUUCAUGUGGUCAUGUGUUCUUCCCUUGAUAACAGUCUGGUUUAAUUUUCAUGAAGACAUUUGAGCAGUUCAAGGCAGUUUGAAGGGUAUUUUUAUAGUAUAUUAUGUGCAUGACAAGUGCUGUGAGGUGUAUGAUAAAUUGUAUGUGCUAUGAUAGCUCAUUAUUAACUCGGCACAAAUUCAUAUUUUGCAGCAGCUUACAGAUUCUAUAUAGUUUAUUUUUGUUUGUUUUUUUCCUCUCUUUUUAGUCAAUACUUUGUAUCAUGUUAUUGAAUGUAAUAAAUUUCAUAAAAAGUGC